AUGAAAAAUAUUAAGAUGAUGAGAUAAGGGUUUAAAGACCCACCUUUCAUUUCUCUGUUUUUCAUCAUCAGUCAUUCACGAAGACAAGCAUAUAGCGAUAACACAGCACAAAGCUUACAACUUUCUUCAAAGAAACCGGCUUUUCUCUUCAGGGUGAAGAAGCUGAUGAAGAAUUAGCAUAGUUACUAACCAACCGACCCGCACCAGACUCUAUUCAUAUUCGGAUAACAAGAUGACACCUGUUAUACCAUCACCAACAAGCAGCAUUUCUCUUAUCCCCGGGUGCACUUUCGAUACAAUAAAGACCAAAAACGGUUCGAUAAAAUGCUGUAAUAUAAAACGAUCGAGCCGUAGAACCGUACGGUCCCUACAUGGUCAAUCCAGUUUAUUGCCUCUAUCAACAUCUCUUAGAUUAUUUCCACAUAUCCGAACAUUUGGGUCCUACCAUAAACCAAGAUUCGUAGCACCGUCAGCCACUGGAGUCGAUGUGGAUGUAACGACGGAACAAGCCGACCAAUCGGCUCCGGUUUCCGAUCAAGAUUCUAGUCAAACGUCGGAAUCGACAUCAACCGUUGAUAAGUCGAAACAAAGAUCAAGGCCCGCUAGAAAAAGUGAAAUGCCGCCGGUGAAAAACGAAGAAUUGGUUGUUGGUGCGACUUUCACCGGUAAAGUUAGAUCGAUCCAACCGUUCGGAGCGUUUGUUGACUUUGGAGCGUUCACUGACGGGUUGGUUCAUGUUUCGCGGUUAAGUGAUAGUUACGUGAAGGAUGUUGCAAGUGUUGUUUCGGUUGGACAAGAAGUGAAGGUGAAGUUAGUGGAGGCGAACAUCGAAACGGGCCGGAUCGCGUUGACCAUGCGGGAAAGUGAGCCUGCUAGUGGCGGCGAGACGUCUAGACCUCCUAGAAAAAUGGGUCAAAAGUCAAACCAGAGGCGGGACCGAGACGAGGGAAGAAAAAGUACAAAAUUCGUGAAGGGUCAAGAACUUGAAGGGACCGUAAAGAAUCUUACACGAUCGGGUGCGUUUAUAAACCUUCCGGAAGGCGAGGAAGGGUUUUUACCGGCUUCUGAAGAAGCCGAUGAAGGGUUUGGAAGUAUAAUGGGUGACGGGUCGUCGCUUGAAAUCGGUCAAGAAGUCAAAGUUCGGGUCUUGAGAAUUGCAAGAGGCCAAGUAACGUUGACCAUGAAGGGCGACACCGAUAAUAAAGAGUUAGACUCAAAGCUUCAAGGAAAGGUUUAUACGGCUACAAAUCCGUUUCUUGUAGCGUUCCGUAAUAACAAAGAUAUUGCUUCGUUUUUGGACGAUAGGGCGAAAGUCGAAGAGAAGAAUGUAGAAAUAGCUAGUGAAACCGAUACACAACCGUCAGUUGAAGAGACUGAAGUAGUCGAACCAGAAGAGGAAAAAGUCGAAGCUGUUUCUAAUGAAGAAGUCAAAGAUGAAACUGUUGCUCCCGAAACAGAAGAUGAUGAAAAAGUCGAAGCUGUUUCUGAUGAAAAGGUCGAAGAUGAAAUUGUUUCUCCCGAAACAGAAGACAAUGAAGAAGUCAAAGCUGUUUCUGAUGAAGUCAAAGAUGAAAUUGUUGCUCCCGAAACAGAAGACAAUGAAGAAGUCAAAGCUGUUUCUGAUGAAGUCAAUGAUGAAGAAGUCAAAGCUGUUUCUGAUGAAGUCAAAGAUGAAGAAGUCAAAGCUGUUUCUGAUGAAAAAGUCGAAGAUGAAAUUGUAUCUAGUGAACCUGUAUCCGAAGAAAUUUCUAGUGAAGCAUCAGGUGCAGAUGAGGAUGUAAAAGCGGAACCCGUACCCGAAGAAAUUACUAGUGAAGAGAAAGUAGAGAUACCCGAGGAGGAGACAACUAACGCAAGUGAAGAAAUACCUCCACUCGAAAGCGUAACCGCAGAUGUGGCGGAGCCCAUUUCUGACGAAAACGGUAGCGUUAUCAGUGAGGAAGAAAAAGUUGAAGCAGCUGCCCCUGCAGAAGCCACGACCGAAGUUGAGGAUGAAAAAGUUGAAGUACCCGUUCCCGUAGAAGCCACUACUAAAGCAACAAUAUCCCCGGCUCUAGUGAAGCAACUGCGCGAAGAAACCGGUGCGGGUAUGAUGGACUGCAAGAAAGCCCUAGCGGAAACCGAGGGUGAUUUAGUCAAAGCACAAGAAUACCUUAGAAAGAAAGGUUUAGCAAGUGCCGACAAAAAAGCAAGCCGGGCGACAGCCGAAGGUAGAAUCGGGUCCUACAUUCACGACAGCAGAAUCGGCGUCUUAGUAGAAGUCAACUGCGAAACCGAUUUCGUAUCACGUGGAGACAUUUUCAAAGAAUUAGUCAAUGAUUUAGCAAUGCAAGUGGCCGCAUGCCCUCAGGUUCAAUAUCUAGUACCCGAAGACGUACCGAAAGAAACGAUUGAAAAAGAGAAAGCGAUUGAGAUGCAAAAAGAAGACCUUUUGUCGAAACCCGAGCAAUUUAGGUCGAAAAUUGUUGACGGGAGGAUUAAGAAGAGGCUUGAUGAGCUGGCGUUGCUUGAACAGGCGUACAUUAAGAAUGAUAAGGUUGUGGUCAAAGAUUUUAUAAAGUCAACGAUUGCGACGAUUGGAGAGAAUAUAAAGGUUAAAAGGUUUGUGAGGUUUAACCUCGGGGAAGGGCUUGAAAAGAAAACACAAGAUUUCGCCGCUGAAGUUGCCGCUCAAACUACGGCUAAGAAGGCGUCUGCACCGACAGCCGAACCACAACCUGCCGCAACCGAAGAAGUUAAAACUGUUGAUGAGGCACCAAAAGCAACGAUUUCAGCGGCAUUAGUAAAACAACUGCGCGAAGAAACCGGUGCGGGUAUGAUGGACUGCAAAAAGGCCCUGUCCGAAACAGGUGGCGAUAUCGAGAAAGCCCAAGAAUAUCUUCGGAAGAAAGGCCUUUCAACCGCAGACAAGAAAUCAGCCCGUUUAGCAGCCGAGGGCAGAAUCGGGUCAUACAUUCACGACUCCCGUAUCGGAGUCCUAAUCGAAGUCAACUGCGAAACGGACUUCGUGGGCCGAAGUGAAAAGUUCAAAGAGUUAGUCGACGACUUAGCGAUGCAAGUUGUCGCAUGCCCGAAAGUCGAGUACGUUUCAAUCGAGGACAUUCCCGAGAGCAUCGUGAACAAAGAAAAAGAUAUCGAGAUGCAACGAGAAGAUAUUCUGUCGAAACCCGAAAAUAUUAGGGGAAAGAUUGUGGAGGGGAGGGUGUCGAAGCGGCUGGGUGAGCUUGCGCUUCUUGAACAACCGUUUCUUAAAGACGAUUCGGUUCUUGUGAAGGAUUUCGUGAAGCAGACGGUUGCAGCCAUUGGUGAGAACAUUAAGGUUAGACGGUUCGUUCGGUUUACACUCGGUGAGUCAACAUCUGAAGAACCCGAAACCGAAACCGCAACCGAGUCAUGAAGUUGAAGUGAGUUUGUUUAGCAGGAUGAUUGAGGAAGACAGAGAUGGUUUGUUUUGCAUUUUUGUACCGGAUUUUAAGUUUUCUUGAAUUAUUAUUUGCCAUUUACAGAACAUGUAUUGUACUUCACUACUUUGUUUAUUAACUUCAAAUUGAAUAAUGUUACAUUCACAUAAAGUAUUUCAAUGAUAUAUAAAUUAUUAAAUCUUAUUUA